CUCAGGCCUGUGUUUUCAAGCGCUCACCGUCAGCUGUCGGGAAGUUAUGGCAGAAACAAAAGGCGACGCUGUUCAGAUACAUUCAAGGAGUGAUUCACUCGCUCGCUUUAGACUGUCCUCGUUAUGUUUUUUUAAUUGUUAGCUAUCGACGAACAGGUGGCUGGUUCCAGCAUCACUCUGCCAGUGAAUCUACCUUUCCUUGCUGAUUGUACUUCAUUGGUAUCCCACAAUGCUCAGUGUGCAACCUUCACUUUGUGUGAACCAGCACUGUCCUUCGCUAUAGCAGCAGUACUCCAGGCCGAAGUGCUCUGCUCUGGUUGGACCCAAUCUGCCACCUGUUUGGCUAAUCCUACCUUAUUACACACUUUCGCCUCAGACAAAGUCUGUCCUAAGUAGCCAUGGUGUCCAGACCUGGUGACAUUCCAGCCCUAGAGGCAGGCUCAGGAGGGAGUGAGGGCCUGCUCGGGGGCAUGUCCAUCCCCGCUGGAAUGGCUCGACGAGCCCUCAGCUAUGACGACAACUUGGAGAGACCUAUGUCUCCUCCUCCCUCUGAUAUCAACAUUACCAACUUGUGGAAAAGACCUGUCAUUCCUGAGAGAAAGUUCUCCCGAUUGGCUGAGGAGGAUGAAUCGGACAUCGCAAUCAAGGGUACACCUGCCCUUGAGCCUUCUCAUCCUUCAGCUCCAGUGGUGAAGGCCAAAGCCUCAGUCCUCAUGAACUCUCUCAUCAUCAAGCAGACCCAGGAGAGCAUGCAGAACUUUGAAAAGAGAGCUGGAUUGACAGAUACAGGAUACACGCCACACAAAGGCCUGACUGCUGAAGAAACCCGCUACCACCGCAUGGCUGAGUCAAUGCAGAAAGUGCACAUGCAAAGUGUUGACAUUAAGGAGGAUAAGCAGCCCUCUUCUGCUCAGUCAACCCCAUCUGGAACCCCUCAGUCAUCCCCCAAACAGAAACGCAGGAGCUGGUUCAGCAGUCAGGGCUCUGUGGCCUCCCUCACUGGCUCAGAGCUCAGCUCGAGCUCCAGCUCUAGCAUGGACCUGGGAGCUAGUGAUGGAGCCGUGGAGCGCUGGAGCGUCUUUGGACCUAGACCCCAGGUUCACAAGUCUACCUCUGACAUGGGUGCAGAAUCAGGCUCCACAGGGGGCUUUGCCCUGCAGCCCUACAAGGGCGCUCAGAAGCCCACCCCCAUGGAGGUCAUGAAGGCACAGGCCACCCGGCUGGCCGAGGAACCAACCAAUUUCAAAGCUCCGCCAAAAAUGGAGAUCCCCACUGUGGAUGGCAAGCGGCAGAUGACGCGGCCCCACAAGCUCAAACACCGUGACAUGAACGUGCUAACCCCCUCAGGCUUCUGAAAGCCCACCUUAGCAUUCGCUCACACCACUGGAAACACGUAGCUGGUCUACCCUCUUUCCCUUCCUAUUUGUGUCCCUCGUGCUGUGAGGUGACUGAAGUGUUUUUUUUUUUUUUUGUUUUUUUUAAUUUUCUCUUUUAAAAAAGGGUUAAAAACAGUCUGUGCCCACAUGAUUCCUAAUGAUAGCCUUCCUGUUUUGUCUUGUGUAAAUGUUAUGCCUCAAAAUAAGUGUGUGUAAUGAGGUGCCAUUUUUCUUCGCUUUCUGCCUCUUCACACUUUAGCCUUUCAGUGGGCUCGAGUUACAUUUCGUUGGGUAUCUUAUGUUUAUCACUUCAUUCACAACAGUGUUAAAUUACCUCUGUUUCACGUUCUCUAAGAGAUAUUGAUAAAGUACAUGCUAGACAAUCUGGCCUCUGGAUUUUAUGUUUUUUUUUUUUUUUUUUUUUUUUUUUGCAUGUUCUGUAGUGCAGCUUUGGGUUGGUAGUAGACCUCUCGUUUCCUGCCUGCCAACAGCUGUCAUCUUAUAUUCCUCAACACCAUAGUAGCUACUGUAACCUCAAGAUUAUGUGGUCUGGUCGUGUCUCUUGAUAACCUGUCUUGAGUCUUUGAACUGAGUCUACUGUAUUGAAGUAUGAAACAAUGUUCUUGGCAGUUUUCAUACUGCAGUGUCAAGUAUAUUGUUAGGAAGGCGCUAAUUUUGUUAGGCUGAUGACUAAGUUUACUAUUUAAUGUAGAUGAUGUGAACGGUCUGUUCUAUUUUUGUUAAAUUGUGAAAGUUUUAUUUGUUAAAUUUCAAGAAGUUGAAUGUAUAGUUCAGCCUUCUUGGUGGACCUGUAAAAACCUAAAUAAAUCUAAACAUGAGUUUA